CCUGCAGAUUAUGCUUACGGAGAUCCCUCUGUCGACCUGACGGCCGAAAAUUGAAAAACGACUGAAGGCAGCCAGAAAAACGCCAAGGAGCGUCCCUGUUUAUUCAAGUGGCACACGUUGACGAUCGUAUAUAUAUAGAGUAGUCGGCGACUACUCUAAAGAAUUGGCAUUCUUUGCCAGGGCUUCGAGGAAAACUCUUCACAUUAGAAAGGGAUUUUGAAAAGCGGAGCUGGGCCAUGUGUACUACCGGAUGAGACGGGCAAGGCAGUUAGGAGGCUUCUGACUCAGAACUCAGCCCUGCAUCCAUCGUGGCAAAACCCAGGGACUUGGUAAUCCCGGCUACUGGAGCCAUCAAACGGAGAGGAACGCCCCAAGAGAAACUCUAAGAAUGGGGAAUAUCCAACGCCCAGCAUCAAUCCAGCUCGGCUUGAAGCAUCGCCACGGCAGCGUAGGACAUCAGUCAAGGGCGACAAAUCUGACGAGCGUUACCGGUGAAACUAAUUAACUGCAAUCUCUCCACUAAACCACUUCAAGCUAUGUGAGGGGCGUAACAUUCAGCAGUUUCCGCGUUCAUUUCACAUAAUUUAAUUAGAGCAGACAACCAGCGGCUGAUCGCUGAUUCGUGUUCGAAACGUCUUCCUCUUUCUCGUCUAAUGAAGUUGAAACGGAAUCGUACGGAGGCGAAAGUAAAAAAAAAAGAUGAUUCAAUGAGGACCCAAAGAACUUCAUGUGACCGCCUUUUCCUUAUGUCGGAAACGAAGGCAUGUUGCAAUUUUCAGGAGCAUAAAAAUGCAGGAUUUCCUGUACUUUCACAUUGUUAGACAAUGUAAAUGACCCGUUUACUUGGAUAUAGCGACAUAAGGGAUUUCAGGAUGAGGUGGCGCCUAUCUUCAGCACUUCUUUUAAUACUUUUAUUGCCCGGACUAUUUACACUCACAAGUGCCAAAUCACGGCACUACCGUGAGGACGGUAUUACGGGGGCUAGCGAAGGAGAGCAAAUUGACCUGAGCUCCGAAGAGUCACCUAGGGGAACAGUGCAGGAAUUUCCUAACGACCUAAGAAACACCCAACAGCAUCGGUCAGCAUCACCAAGCGUACGAAAUGGAGACGAGCAGCAGCCGAAACAGCAAGAUGAUGAUGUUUCACUUCAAGAUACGGGGGAUCCAUGUGACUCGCGCGAAUGCGGCCGCUGGCGUGAGUGCAUCGUGUCCGACGAAGGGGACGCUGAAUGUGUCUGCCAACGUCGGUGUUCCCCUGGCGGAAGAGGCAAAAAAGUUCUUUGUGGCAGCGACGGUCGAGCCUAUGCAAACCACUGCGAACUACGAAGAGCUGCUUGCCUUUCCAAUGACGAUAUCCAGGUUGACCGCAAAAGGACAUGUUACAAAAAUAAAAACGUUUUUCCAUCAAGGAAACUAUUUAAAGAUCCCGUGUUUAGUGGAUUGCCGAAAAAGCAGUUAGUCGGCAAAAGGACCGCACAGCUAAAAGUGAAGAAAUCAAAAACUACAAAUCGCCAGGUGGAGCCCAAUCUUGCCUGGGUUGAAAUCAGUAGCACGACGACCACGACGACCCAGAAGCCACUGCCCUCCAGCAGGUCAUCCAAAGACUCACUAGAGAUAUCAGCCGAAGAGGAAAUAGAUGCGGAGGAGUCGGGUUUAAUGGAGGACCUUGAAUGUGGUCAACAAGAUUAUGAUUUCAUGAAGGAAAACCUCCUUUUAUUCUAUUCAAAUAAUGGAGAAGUAAAACGUCUUGGGGGCGCAGAUUCAUUGAUGGCGUCAAUGUUCGCUCAUUACGAUAGCAAUGGCGAUAACCUGCUUCAAGCGGAAGAGUUAUGGCGGGCAUCGGAAGAUGACAAAAUGGCCCAGUUGUCACAGGCUUGUAUUCUAGCAGAUAUGUUAGUGUUUGAUGAUGUCGAUAAGGAUGGUACCCUAUCGGUGGCCGAAUUUUACGGAGCCUUCAACAGACUUGACAGCGUGGCUGUGGUAUCGUUGGAGAAACAGCUGGAAGUUUCGUCUGUGCGGGCCCAGGUGGGAGACAACGUUGAGAUGAAGUGCGAUGUUACUGGCCGUCCGCCUCCGCCUAUCGUGUGGCGCAGGCACGGGAUCGACCUCAAUACGCUACAGGAGGAAGAUAUUAAGGUGUUUGCUGAUGGUUCGCUGUAUCUGACGAACGUUCAAUUGGUACAUACAGGCAACUACUCGUGUCAUGCACAAAAAAAUUCCGAUAUUGUGCAGACCCACGUACUGCUUGUUCACACAACGCCGGAGGUACAUGUAAUUCCGCGACUACAAUCACGUGCUCCAGGUGAACUAGCCGAAAUGGAGUGUCAUGUCACAGGAGUUCCUGCGCCCUCUGUGCAAUGGCUUAAAAACGAUGAACCACUUAAAAUGUCUACCCCCCUAUCUUCAAAUUCAGACUCAAAAACGAUUUCCUCAUUUAUGACCGCAGCUGGCGUAAUAGGAUCGGCUAACAACGGCGAUUUUGGGGGCAAAUAUACAGUUGUGGGUAAUGGCACUGCCUUAAUGGUGGCAAAGAUCGGAUACGCUGAUACAGGGGCGUACAUGUGUGUAGCCACAAGUCCUGCUGGAGCAUCGGCUAGAGACAUAUCGUCACUGGUUGUGCAGGACGAACCAGCUCCUACUCCACCUGCAGAGGAGAGGCGUUUUUUUGCGUUCCACGACUGGGGCAUCUCGGUUUACGAUCCUGAUAAUUGUCGCCUUUAUCAUCAGGUUGCCUCUGUCGACAUUAUUCCUGGUACUCAAGAAGCUCUGUGUGCCGAACGUGGUCAUCCAUGCUCAUGGGGACGUGCAAUCAACGUCGCAGAUCGCUACGUGUAUGUUUCGCAGCCAACGCGGGGCCGAGUCCUUGUUAUCUCGCGCGUGCAGAUGGUAGUCGUGGAUGUCGUGGUAACAGAUAAGUACCCGGUAGAAUUGUACUAUGUACCUCAUCUUGAUCAAUUGUGGGUGCUGUGCUGGCGAGGCCCGGUUGACCGAGGCACGAAGACCAUCCAGAUAAUUCGCGACGCCUCUCAGAAGAAGAAGCACCAUACCGUCCAUCCAGAGCCCGUCGAGGGGCACUUCGAUCUCGUGUCGGCGCUGUUCAUUCCGGUUACGUCGGAUCUCGGUUUUCCUUGGAAGUAUAGCUACGUUGUUCAUUCGGGUCAAAAUGGUCUUGCUAAAAUGGACCUACGUGCAAUGAAGUACGUCAGGUCCAUUGAUUUUGGAAAUGUUACUUGCCAUCCUGUUGCGGCCGACUUUGUAGCGCUUGGUGGCUUGAUCGUGGUAUCGUGCGUUGAUCCUGACAGUGGAAUUCCCAGCGGUCAACUUGUUCUUGACUAUAUCACCGACGAGGUGAUCUUGUUCCGGCCAUCUUUAUUGGGAAGGCCUCGGGUAGCACCGGACUCACAAUACGUGGUCACAUUGCAUUCUCCUUCCACGUCCGGAACAUUGUCGCCGGAUCAGCGAGGACAGAACAGCAAUGGCCACAAUAACAACAAUAAUAAUAACAGCCAUAGUAACCAGACAAGUUCCAUAAGUAACGAUGUCACGAUCGUUGUUCAGGCCGUCACCGAUACAGGUCUACAUUUCCUAUUCGACGUCAAAACAACUCUUGCUAUCGCCGAUUUAGCCUUCUUCCCUUCGCGGACUUCGCACUCAUAUGACCUUUACGCAUCAUCGUCCUCAAAAGAAGAUAUCCUUUUAGUAAAUUUGCAAGAUGGCAAAGUCGAGAUGAUCACAGGCAUCGCGCACGCUCUGGAUCCCCGAUCAGCAGAGUGGGGCAAUUCUCGGCGUCCACUGGCGAGCGCCGGCGUAUUCGGUACUUACCUGGUGACAGCCGCUAACGAAGCCGUUUUCGUCAUCAACGGCAAAACGCGCACAGUGAAUUGCGAAAUCGGGAAUGUUGUGCACCCAAGACUACUUGUUUGGGUGCGGAGUCCAUAGGCGGAAAGUAACCUAACCAGCACGUUAGCGGUAAUGGACGCACCAACAGGACAGAGCCCCAACUGUAAUGAGGAGUGUACGUACCCAAACAAUGAUACAUUACGCCGUCGUCUCAACAUGUAUCUAACCAUCUUCCUACCUUGGUGUCAUGAUAAUUCAAAGCAGUAGGGUGAUAGAUAGAUAGAUAGACAGAUAAACAGAUAGAGAGGACUGAAACAGGUAGACAGACCGACAGACAGACAUAAAGAUAGGAUCCCUUUCGGAGCAACAGCUGUGACAGUCUACUGACGACUUGAAACAUCACACAGUUCCCCAAUACCGCUACUGCUUUUACAAUAAGAAGCUGCAGUUCUGUCCCGCUAGUUGGGGACCGUAAAGCCCAUCAUUGGCGUAUGUCACCACUAAAACGCAUGUGUGCGCAUAUGUACCCAGUGAGCAAAGAGAGCGCGACGACUUCAAAAAGUUGUUGCUGCCUUAUGUUAUGAUCAUAUAUUCAAAAAGGAAGAAUACAUAUGUUUAAGGGGAAUUUCAACUUAUGUCAACUAAGCAGAAGGAAUACACCAUGGGUGGUAGGCUAAGGUUUCCGCUACCACAGUGCGUAAUCACUGUUGUAAUCACUACCAUCAAUUACAUCAUCAGCACAUCCUUAUGGCAGAAAGUGGAGGAAAAAACUAGCGAGAGAAAAGGACGUCGGAGGAGCGAUAAUCAAGGAAGUGGACUGCGAAGGAUGAAAAGGGCCACCGUAUGGACUAUCCCGUGUACCUCUGCGAAUUGAUAUCUCUUCUCCAUCCGCCCGUAAAGGACAAGCCCCGUCCAGCCAUGACGUUCUAUGAAUGCGAGGUACGGACUCAUCGCUGUGCUUCUCUGUUCCUCUGAAUGCUUAAACGACCUAUUCUUAGUUAUGAUUCAUGCUUGACGCGAGCAGGUUCAGUAACGAACAGACAGAGGGAUCCUCAUCUGCAUGUGAUUCAUGAUACAUAUACUUCAGUUGGACGAAAUAGGUGUCGUGGCAUGCGCGGUCUCCGGGGUGCCUUACCCACAAGGGGAUGUCCUGUCUCCCCGUUUCUUCUUCAUAGAAACUGGAGCGGCGGCAGAGCUUCGUGCAACUUGUUCGAGUAUGACAUGCGCCAGCCAUUAAAGGCCAAGUAAGAAGCAUAUCAAGUCUUGUUAUUAAGCUCUAUGAUGAUGAUGAUGAUGAUGAUGAUGAUAAUAAUAAUAUUAAUUGUCAAUCAACAUGAAUCGUAUUAUUCUCAGAGACUGAUGCCUUUCUUGUUUCAUAACGGCGGUGAGAUGCUAACCGCGCGUUAUUGCACUGGCCACGCACGUCUAUGGCACACGAGAAUAACAUGCAGAAAUCAAAUACUUGAAUGUAACUGAACCCGUCAAACAUGUAACGCUUAUGUGAACAUCAAAACCAAUGUGAAAAUAUCCAACAAACAAGACUAAACUGACACGGCACAACUGUAGGACAGUAUUGUGUCGUAUCAUUGUCGUACAAAUACCAAUUGUAUUGUCGCUUGGUUUGUAAUAUGACUGUAUAAUUAUAUGUUCGAUCACGUCAACGGCGAGUAACCUGGUAAUAUAAUUUAAAUUAUUCACUAAAACAGUUUUUUUUCACACAGGUUCCGCGGCCCGGUGUCUGUAAAUACAACUAUACAUACAGAAUAGUGCAGAACAAAAAAAUAUAUAUACAAAUACAACUAAUUAUAUAUAUAUAUAUACAUGUGCACCCGUCGUUCGGCCCCCGCUACCCGCGUACGAUGAAUGAGGUUUAUCACAAAUGAUAGAAAUAGAGAAAGCGAGAGGGGGAGAGACAGAGAGAAAGAGACCAUAGUUCUAUCUGUAGACAAAAACAACGGCCCCUCAAUUCCACCAAUCCUCUAUAUACACACGUGUGCUUUAAUAUGACUCUCCCCCUGUGUUGUUCCGCCAGUGCCGUUCCCUGGUCGACUGUAAAGGGAUGCCGUGUGAGUAGUUUAACCCCUGUAACAUUUCGAUUUUAUGUCGAUAGAAUUCGCCGCGCUGCCUGCCAAUACUCGAACCCUAACGAGCAGCAACCUUUGCUAGCACAUCGUUCCCAUAUGGGGAACUAGAAGGAAAUAGAAAAGCGAAUCAGCAGGCGAGCAGAGCGUUUCUCGAUGUGCUCUAUGGCACCGACAUCGUGCCACAGAAGCUACCGAUGCGGCAGUUGCCACAGAAGUGUCCCCGCCGAUGUGAGUGCUUUCGUGGGCACCCCGAUUGGCCCGCCGUUGUCAUUCGACUAUGUCACAGUUGCAAAUAUCUUCGAGUGAGAAACGGAUCGAAGGUACCGAAAACGCCAAAAGAAGGACCGAACUAGAACAGGACGGUGAUGAUAAUGAUCAUCAUGAUGACGCGUUGGCCUGUGGCGCAAUGGUCGUACGUACACGUGUCGUCGAACUGUCCAAAUUCUUCUGGGUGCACAACGCAUUCAGCUGAUCGGAUCGAUAUCCAGUUCAAGUGUCACAGAAGUACCCAAUGGUAUAUAAUAUAUAGAUGUGGGCUGGGUGGACUCUGACUGGAAUAGAUGCGAAAAUAACAAAAAGAGGCCGGGUGUGCAAUACGAUCUAUCUGCACUGGGGCCCAGUGGAAUUUUCGGUGGUCAAUGGGGGAUAUUGCCACAUUCCCUUCAUAAAAUUAUAGUCAUUAUAAAUUAACAAGAACGUUAUGUAAUAGUUGGUCUCUUUUGUAGCACAAAAACCUCUAAGGCCACCAGUCUUAUACGAUUCUUGCCGUGUGGGGCCAUGCAUCGAUUGUGUCACACCGUACUUCAUUGGAUCCCUUCCCCACUUUCUAGUGAUACAUUUUGUAAGACACGAUUGACAGUAACAAUGAUGAUAUAUAAACAAUUCACUGAAGAUGAUAAACGACAAUUGCUAACUGAUAUGACUGAAGGAAAUGCAUCGUAGCAACACCGACAUCAAGCACUGAUGUUCUAUUCCCAGAGAUAAAUCGAAGCUAUUUAUUGGUUCACUAACGAGAACAUUUGAAUCAUAGCCAGUUAGACCAUGGGGUUGGCUGACUGUCUUCGUUCAGAAAUGUCGUUAAAGUAUUGUAAAUCCUUUUUAGCCGGGGUGUAUAUUUUAUAUUCCUAGAAUUAGAAGAUGUCUAGCGGAGUGAUGUGAUGUCGGCGUUGCUAUUCAAGCGAGUGUAUAGCCAUAACGACGACAAAGCGACUGAUGUCUCGAUGCUGACGACGAUAGUUAUUAAAUCUACACCAUAACAUGCGUGAUCACGACCUUAAGUUAGUCUAGAUGAAGUUCUGCGGCCGCUGUUCCCCUUCGUAAUAGCUUUCGGUGGUGAACUCGUAGUGACGCACUCGUGUUGCAGAUGUGUGUGAAACUAUCGAAACGAGUAUAUUACUCCGUUUGCCGAAGUCGAUGUCACCGCAGGCUGUAUAAAAUACACACACGUAACCGUUGCAACGUGAUUUAUAAAAAACAUUAUCGAAAAAAUUCAUAUUCCCAAUGAUAGAAACACAGCAGAUCGCCAUAGUGACAAUUCGUAAACACAACUAAAAAUGGAACACAAAUAUAUAUAGUGUCACCAAACGAAUAAUACGUGGCAAGAAGUUGUCACAUUAUACGAAGGUAGUUACAUUGUAAGGACAAGUAUGAGGAAGCCGUGUGGAGCGGAAGUAAAGCAUUGAUACUUAAAGGCAUUAGAGAAAAAAAAAAACGGAUUAUGACAGUGUCGCGAACAAGGAUCUUAAGAAUGAUGAGGACGAGCAGAUGGUAACAAAUCAAUAAUAAAAUUAAAAAGCUAAAAAUCACACCGAUGUAAAAAGGGUGG